CCCGAAAACUGGGUGUGAAACCUGGCAGAGUGAGUAAUAUGGUAUUUGUCUCAACCAAACCAAAGUCGAGACAGUACACAGCUGCUGAUGGUGUGAGGAGCAAGCGCUACAAAGCAGUGCGGGGGGACUUGCCAGACCCAGAUGUCCUGAAGGUCGACGAGGCAUACCAGGACUUCAUGGCAGACCUUGCACCAUUAAUCACCACGCUCUCCAUAAGUCCUGGUGUCCCCCUCGUCAAUUCCACUUUUGGGAGCGUUCAAGAUGGAAGCCCUAUUUCUUAUCAGCACCCUGUGCCAGUGAGUAGGGUCAUCAUCCACCACCCAGACGCACCCUCUCCACCCCCACUGCCGUUACAUGGUCACAGGCUGGACCCAAGCACAUGUUCCUUUGUGUGCACUCACCAACAACAAUGUAAUGCAAUGGCACUUACCAUCAAUUUCGACAUGGCAAGAUCCAUUGAGAGGGCCACAAGGGAACAGAGUGGUAGCGCAGAAUGGCACAGCCUGAGGAAGAUGAGGCUCACCUCCUCAAGGUUCGGGGAGGUGUGCCAUGUCAGAGGUCACAGCUCUGCUGAGAACCUUGCCGAACGUAUCCGCAAAGGUGGGGUUCAGACAGCUCUGAUGAAGAGGGGGCUUGCACUGGAGCCAGUAGCUAUUCAGGAGUAUGCCCACAUUAAAAACAUCAGCUACUGGCCAUCAGGAUUUGUCAUCCAUCCAGAUGCUCCCUGGCUCGGUUCUUCUCCAGAUGGGGUCGUUUUUGAUCCCACGGAGGCACCACCAUUUGGGCUGGUGGAGGUGAAGUGUCCUAACGUGAAGAGCUACGUGGACUGCGGGUACCUGCGCAUGCAGAAUGGCGCCCUCCGUCUGAAGCCAAGCCACAGCUACUACUGGCAGGUGCAAGGCCAGCUGCUUAUAACAGGGAUGCAGUGGUGUGAUUUUGUGGUUUUUGCAGAGGAUGAUGUUCUUGUGCAAAGAAUUUAUAAGGAUGCUGAGGUUGCCAGGGUCAUAAGGGAGAGGGGGGAUUAUUUAUUUUUCUAUCAUUUCUUAAUCUGA